CUCCAGUGACGGACUGGGAUCUGCUGGCUGACAACACAAAGUAUCACCUUACAGUAUGUAUCACCUGAGGGUGCCUGUGCUUCUCCUCAUGCUGCUUGUGUUGCUGCGCUGCGUCACCGCUGCCCCAAGCUACAGGUACUUCAGUCGCAGCUCAUCCGGCGAGCAGGAAAGUGCUCUCCCAGACGGAGACAGCUGGUUAGCUCCUGGGCUAAUCUCCAACCCGUUUCUUGGCCUCAUGGGUACACGGCCAGAGAGAGGGCUCGCUGCUAUGAACAGUCAUCAUGUGGAGAAGAGGAAAUGCAACACAGCCACCUGCGUCACCCAGAGGCUAGCAGACUUCCUGGUCCGAUCCAGUAACACUAUUGGUACCGUCUAUGCGCCGACCAACGUGGGAUCCGCCACCUACGGCAAGAGGGACCUUCUGCUGCCUCCCAGCCUCCUGCCUCUCUAG